UAUCCUCAUGCCCUUACCAAUCUUCAUCGGCAACAAGAAGAAUAAGAAAAAGGAAGAGGAUUUCUAGCCCAAAAAUCCCAUUUCGAUUCUCAAUAUGGCCUUCUCUGCAGCCAUCCCCACCUACGAGAAUUCACUUCUUCUCAAGAAAUCCUCCUUCAAUGGCCUUAGGAACCUCUAUAAAGCUAUCCCUUGUAGCCACCUCAAGUUUCUUGUGCUUAUGAAGACGAAAGCAGCCACCCUGGUGGUUUCGGCAUCAAGCUCCUCCGUGGCUCAACCACUUGAGGAAGCUCAAGAAUCCAUCAACGAUAUGUCACCAAAGAUCCAUCUUCCUGAAUUCCCAUUUCAGGAAUACAUGGCCACUAAAGCCAAGCACGUCAAUAAGGCACUAGACGAGGCUAUUCCUCAGCAACAUCCCUUGAAAAUCCAUGACGCUAUGAGAUAUUCUCUUCUAGCCGGCGGCAAACGUGUCCGUCCAGUCUUGUGUAUUGCUGCUUGUGAGUUGGUUGGAGGAGAUGAGGCAACGGCUAUGCCAGCGGCUUGUGCAAUGGAGAUGAUCCACACCAUGUCCCUAAUCCAUGAUGAUCUUCCUUGUAUGGACAACGAUGAUCUUCGACGAGGCAAACCCACAAACCAUAAGAUGUUCGGCGAAGAAACUGCCAUUCUGGCCGGGGAUGCUCUCCUCUCAUUUUCCUUUGAGCAUGUAGCUAGAGCAACCAAGAACGUUUCGCCUGACCGAGUGGUUAGAGCCAUUGCUGAGCUUGGUUCAGCAGUUGGGGCAGCAGGGCUAGUGGCAGGGCAAAUUGUAGACAUUGAAAGUGAGGGAAAACAAGUAAGUUUAAAGGACUUGGAGUAUAUUCACAUCAACAAGACCUCGAAGCUUUUAGAAGCAGCAGUUGUUUGCGGGGCGAUACUUGGAGGAGCAGAUGAUGAAAACAUAGAAAGGGUUAGAAAAUAUGCAAGGUGUAUAGGGUUGUUAUUCCAAGUUGUAGAUGAUAUAUUGGACGUGACAAAGUCUUCGGAGGAGCUGGGAAAAACGGCUGGCAAGGAUCUGAUAAGCGAUAAAGCAACAUAUCCAAAGCUGAUGGGAAUUGAUGAGGCUAAGAAAUUUGCUGCUAAGUUGGUGGAUCAAGCCAAUCAAGAACUUGCUUCCUUUGAUGCUGCCAAGGCUGCUCCACUAUACCAUUUUGCUAACUACAUCGCUAGUCGACAAAAUUAAUUUCGUGGUUUAAUUAUUAUAUAAUAUUAAUAAUUAUUUACUUGUAUCCAUCAAUGUCUUCAUCUGUUGUUUAAAGAUUUAAAUGUAUUCAUCAAUUUUAUUUUUAUAAA